GGGGACGGAAACAGCGUGACUGCAUUCGCGUCGAGUGAAUGCUCCCAGCGUGAUUGGGUGAAACCGCCGGCGGAGAGAGCGAGAGAAGAAAAUUAUUAGAAGGAGACAGGCAGCCCUUGUGCUGGAGAUUAAUAAUAAUUGAUCACAGCGGAGCAGCAGGGCGAUCGUGUGUGUGUGGGUGCGUAGCUGCUUCCCUCCCGGUCAGUGGCAGCAGCGGCCCCGGGAAGAGAGAGAAGGCGGCGGCCCCGCUGGCUCAGGACAAUAAUGAUUCACCAUGAAUCAGAGGGAGCCCUUGAUACAUCUGUUUGCUGGAGGCUGCGGGGGGACAGUCGGAGCCAUUUUAACGUGUCCUCUAGAAGUGGUGAAAACUAGACUGCAGUCAUCAUCUGUGACAUUCUAUAUCCCAGAAGUUGAUCUCAGUACAAUAAAUGGAGCCCGUGUGGGUCGAGUGGCUCGUGUUUCCCCUGGCCCUCUGCAUUGUUUAAAGAUGAUUCUGGAAAAGGAAGGUCCCCGGUCUCUUUUCAGAGGGCUAGGACCAAAUCUGAUAGGCGUUGCCCCGUCCAGAGCUAUUUACUUUGCUGCUUACUCCAGUUCUAAGGAAAAAUUGAACGCCGUCCUGGAACCAGAUUCAAGCCUAGUGCACAUGCUCUCUGCUGGAAUGGCAGGCUUUACUGCUAUUACAGCCACCAAUCCCAUCUGGCUAAUAAAGACGCGCUUGCAACUGGAAGCACGGAGCAGAGGUGAAACACGGAUGAGUGCUUUUGAAUGUGUGAGAAGAGUGUAUCGCUCCGAUGGUGUUAGAGGCUUCUACAGAGGAAUGUCGGCUUCCUAUGCAGGCAUCUCUGAGACUGUAAUUCAUUUUGUAAUUUAUGAAAGCAUAAAGCAGAGACUGAUGCAAUCCAAAACAUCUCCAAACAUGGAUCCUGAAGAAGAUUCUGUGAAUGCUUCUGACUUUAUAGCCUUGAUGUUAGCUGCUGCAACAUCUAAAACGUGUGCCACCAGUAUAGCAUAUCCACAUGAAGUCAUAAGAACUAGGCUACGUGAAGAAGGAACAAAAUACAGAUCGUUUUUCAGACCAUUUUCAUUAGUAAUAUCUGAAGAAGGUUACAGAUCACUUUAUCGUGGUCUCAUGACCCAUCUGGUCAGACAGAUUCCAAACACUGCUAUCAUGAUGGCCACCUAUGAGCUUGUGGUCUACCUUCUUGAUGGUAAAGAAAGUGCUGAUUUAUUGUGCAAACCUGGAAGACCAAAGGAUUUGACUGGACCAGAAACCCCAGUAAAAUUUAAUGCUGAGAAAGAUGAAUCAAUUGUGAAGAUUUAAGCUGCUGUUAAGACAAAGAAUGUCCAGUUUGUGAAAAGAACAUGCUCUGAUCAAGGAGCUGUCAGUAGUCAUGGCAAGACAUAAAAAGAUAGUCACCACUUAAUGGGGAACAUUUAACAAAUCUAAAUGUUAUAUUAUCCUGUUAUCUUCAUUAUAUACAUCAAUUUUUUAUCCUUGUAAGCUUUCAAUUUUAAUUGGCAGGAGAUCCCUGUAAUAAGAACUGUAUUGCCUUCAGUCAUUUCACUGAACUGAUGAUGCAAAACUUUUUAACAUGGGCAUUCUCCCAAUUAUCUGGGAAGCACUCCACUAAGCUGAAAUCCUUGCCUGAAUCAUCUCCUCAGAUCAAUUUCUAGAAUAAAAACUUAAAAAGGUGGUUUAAGUUCAUUCAUUAUUGAAGUCCAUUAGAUAUUUCAUCAGAGUUGUAUUUUUCAGUAUUUAUUUUACAAUAUUCUGAAUAAACCAGAAAUGCCUCAAUUGCAAUCUAGUAUCCUCAUGCAAGAGUUAAAUCUUGGGGUGGCUGUGGGAAUAGAAGAAUACAGGAACACCUAAACACAUUAUAUCUUGCACAGUAAUGUUGUUGCUUUAAAAGCCAACAAUGCAGAAAAUUUAAUUAAACUUGAAUUGCACCUCUUUUGAUGAAUUCUAAACUUUUUAGGAUUUCUUCACUUGACAUCGAAGGUUUGACUAAUGAAUGUAAAGCAAGAUAAUUAAGACUGAUUUGUUUACUGUUCCCCUUUUUAAAAAAAUUGCAUAUACUUAUUGUGGUAUGUGUAUAGGCUGUGAUAAUUGCUUCAAAAAAAGUAUGAUUACAUUAUGCUUAUGUUUGUCCAAUCAGCCUAUAGAUGCUUACAAAAAGAGAUGCUAAUGUUGGAAGAGGAAACAAAAAUAUGCAAUACUCCACUAUGUGAAUUUUAUGCUGUAACAAGUGGCUUUGUCUUGAACAUUUUCCUCAAGCACUUUGGUGGCCUUUCUACCUUGAGUUUUACUUUUUUUUUUCCCUGAUGGCUUUAGUUCUUAAUUAUCGAAAUGGCUAAUAAAAUCAUUCACAAAAGUCCAUUCAAUAUAAAGUAGUUAGUUUCUGUUAUUGAAGUUGUGCAUUUUACAGUAUCAAUUGCUUCUAGAUCCAUAAUUAUGUUGUGUAAUAAUAAUUUGGGGUACCUUAAGUCUUGUUACUAUCAUUGCGUAUUCUUAAGUAUUUGCCACCUUCAGUUUUCACAUUUGUUGAAUCCUGAUGAACAAAUUGUUAUAUCCAAAUUGUAUUUUGCCUUGUUUUUUUUCUCUCUUGUACUUGGAAAAAGUGCUGUGAUCGCCCCUUAUUUCCAUACACUACAACCUUGUUUAUCCAAAUCUUUUAUGCAUAGACCAGAUUCUGUUAAGUUCGAUGGACAGACACAAACAUGCCAUUUUGAUGGUUUAAGAAACAGAAGAUGAUAA